ACCGAUUCGAGGCAAGCGCAGGGUGGGCAAGAGUCGCGUCGCCCUCGGCACUUUCGACACGGCGGUGGAGGCGGCGGUGGCGUACGCGCGGGCGGUCGCUGAGGAGGCGGCGGCGCCGGCCGGGCCGGCAGCGCCGGCGAGCGGGCCAGCCCAAGCGGCAACAGUAGGCACGGUGGUGGCGCCGACGGAGUCGCAGGCGGGCCUCGCGUCAGCCGCCAGCGUCGUGGGGCAGGAGGGCAUGGCUGGGGCGGAGGCGGAGGGCGGGGAGGAGGGCGAGGCGGCGGCUGGGCUGGUGACGGAGUCCGAGGGCUACCGGCUGCACCUGUCCUCAAGAGGCGGGGGGCCGAGGAAGCUCAAGACUGACGGCAAGAGCUCCACGGGCUACCUGGGUGUCUUCCGCCGCGAGGAUUGCGGCAGACUCAAGUUUGUCGCGCAGGUGAGCCUGCACGACGGGCAUCGCAUGCGGCUGACGUACCUCGGCGUCUUCCCCACCGCGGUGAAGGCGGCGGUGGCGGUCGCCAAGGCGAAGCUGCGGUCGUCCUCCGGCGGGCCUUCCGCAGCAGUCCAGGUGGGGCUUGUGCCUACAGCGCCGCCACGGCGGGCACCGCUCGCGGCUGAGGCGGAGGGCUUGCGCUUGCACCUCUCCAGCCGCAGCAACAACACCGGCUACAAGGGCGUGUACAAGGAUGGCUCGCGCUUCAAGGCGCGAGACAGGGUGGACGGAAGGCGAGGCAGGGUGGACGGAAAGACUGUCUCCCUCGGCACCUUCGACACGGCGGUGGAGGCGGCGGUGGCGUACGCGUGGGGGGUCGGGCAGGCUCCUGUCCAGGGGUCGGCUGCGGCCGGCAGCGAGGCGCUCGACUCGGACGAGGGCGAGGGCGAGGGCGAGGAGGGCGAGGCCCGCUGCUUGUGGGUCGCCUGCGACCGGUGCGACAGGUGGCGGCGGCUGCCCGCCGAGACGCCGGGCCCGCUCCCUGCCAAGUGGUUCUGCUGGAUGCACCCGGACCCGGCUCGCCGGCAGUGCGAGGCGCCGGAGGAUGAGUGGGAGGAGGAUUCGGUGGCGGCGGACGCGGCGGAGGAUGGCUUGGAGGAGGGUGCGGGAGCGGCAGAGGCGGUGGCGGAGCCGAUGGACGAGGAGGACGAGGCGGCGGGCGAAGCCUACUGGGUGGACGCGGAGGUGGAUGAGGAGGCUACGGAGGGGGAGGCUACGGAUGAGGAGGCCGAGGCGGCAGACGGCGACGUCGUGGCGGCGGAGGCGGCGGAGGCGGCGGGGGCGGAGGGGGCGGAGGGGGCGGCGGGGGCGGCGGACCGGGUCCGCACGGCGAAGCGUCCAUACGAGCCGCCGGAAGGGCCGCCGCCAAAGCACCGCUCGGCUGUUGCGCCCCCAAGCGUCCCUACACGCCGGCUCACCGACGCUAAGCUUGUCGGGCUGCCUGCCGGGCUCUGCGGCCAGUACCAACAGGGCCUCUGCCACAAGGGCGGCAAGUGCAAGUGGAGGCACGAGCUCUGGCCAGGGCUUCAGGAGCGGCUCCGCAUGGCGAAGCGCCCGCUUGAGCCGUUCGAAGGGCCGCCGCCAAAGCGGCGCUCGGAUGCGGCGCGUGGCCCUCCGUCCUCGGCCUCCCUCUCCUCCUCCUCCUCCUCCUCCGCCGCCGCCGCCGCCGAGAGCGCGCCGCCCCACGCGCCCGCCGAGGCCGCGGUCCUGCUCUGCGGCAACACGCACGAGUGCAACUGCGGGGCCUUUGGCUGCAUUCUGCCGGCAGGCCACGGCGGGCCGCACGACUUCACGCUGCCGGCCAAGCGGGCUCGCUGCGAGGAGCGCCCGUUCGACCCGGACGUCGAAGCGGCUGCCGCGCUCGGGUCGCAGGGCAGGCUGCAGUCGCCGGAGCUUGGGGCGGCGGAGGCGGCGCUUCUCGCAAAGCUGCUGGCGGUGGCGGCGCGCUUGAAGGACGAGGGCUCGCCUGAGGCGACGGCGGUGCACUGGAGGCCGCGGGCUACUCAGGCCACUUUUGCGGGCGACUACUACGCCUUCCGCCUCGCCGAGCCCGCCCGCCACUACCGCUCGCGUAUCGAGCUGAUCAAGGCGCUGGAGGCGGGGCUGACAUU